GCAUCAGCAAGGAUUCUUCUUCUAGUCGGACAGGAUGCAGACAUCGUUACUUUGUGUCGUCGUCGCCGUCGUCAUCGCCAUGAUGGCGGUGUCGCCCCCUCUCGUCGCGGGGGCGGAGAAGAGGAUGGUGUGUUACUACGGCGCUUGGGCAGUGUAUCGUCCCGGACGGGGAAAAUUCGUCGUGGAGGAUAUCAACCCCAAUCUCUGCACUCAUUUGGUUUAUGGAUUCGCGAAGCUGGAAGAAAAUGAAAUUAGGAGUUACGACCCGUGGGAGGAUCUCAAGGAUAAUUGGGGGAAGGGUGGAUAUCUUCGCGCGACGGGGUUGAAACAGCGCAAUUCCAAGCUGAAAGUUCUUAUCGCAAUUGGAGGAUGGAAUGAAGGCUCCCCAAAAUAUUCGGAUAUGGCGUCAAGUUCAUCCACGAGGAAAACAUUUAUCAAUAGUGUGAUCCCAUUUUUGAAAAAGUACGAUUUCGACGGGCUAGAUUUGGACUGGGAAUACCCAACGACCCGCGGAGGAAAACCGGAAGACAAAGAAAAUUUCGCCACUUUGGUCACUGAGUUACGACAAGCCCUCGGAUCCCGAUACCUCCUUACAGCCGCUGUAUCACCAAACAUUGAGACGGUCGCGGAUGCUUAUGACGUCCCUGUGCUGGCGAGAGACCUCGACUUCGUUUCGGUCAUGUGCUACGACUACCACGGCGCGUGGGAGGGUCAUCCUUACACGGGACAUAACACGCCCCUCUACCGUGGUCCGGCGGAUGAAAAGUAUAUCCCGCAUUUUAAUGUGAAUGACACGUUGACCUACUGGCUCGAGGAGGGCUUACCGAAGGAAAAGAUCAACAUGGGGAUGGCCCUGUACGGGCGUGGGUUCACUUUGGACGAUCCAACCCUACGUGGCUUGUACGCUCCGGCCAAGGAAGGAUUGAAAAUGGGACCGUAUACGAGACAGGAUGGAACCUGGGGGUAUAAUGAGAUCUGCGAAGUUUUCAAAAGUGAAGGAUCUGACUGGCGAAUUGUUAUCGAUCCCUACAUUCAAGCCCCAUAUGCGUACAAGGAGAACAUGUGGGUGGGCUAUGACGACAUGGAAAGUUUGUAUGUCAAGGCUAAAUUCGCCCGUAAUCUCGGCCUAGGCGGCGCCAUGGUCUGGUCAAUUGAAACUGACGAUUUCCGAGGUUUCUGUCACAACCAGAAGUAUCCUUUGAUCAAUACGAUCGUCAAAACUAUGGCGGGCGGAGGGAAACCUUCACUCCCAGAGAGGCCACAGAUCGUCGCGGGUGACGACAAUACCGGAGGAAGUGACAUCUUCACAACAACUGAACCUGACGACUACUUCGACCCCACUACCACCCGUCUUCCCCCGAAGCGAACCCGCCCCCCACGUCGCACCACGACCCUCUCUCCCGACGAGGAGGAAAUCAUCGACGCCGAAGACGAACCCACAACCACACGUCGCCCUCCCCCAAGAGGACGCGUCCCCCACGAAAAACCACCCCCGCCUCAAUUCCCGACGAAGAAGACAACCUCAUCGACGUCGACGAGCCCACCACCACCGUUCGCCCGGCACGACCCCGUCCUCCCAAGCGAACCACCACCUCGACCCCCAUCGAAUCCAAUAACGGCGAAUGCACCGGGGACGACCCCAUCCAACCGAACGGAUCUGACUGCUCGACCUUCCUAAUUUGCCAAUCCCUUGGGAACGGUGAGUACAAGAAGCACGUGCAAAGCUGUGCACACGGGUUAGUCUUUGAUCCAGAAAUCAAAGCGUGCAAUUUCCCCAGUGCGGUACCAUCCUGCACGGAUAACAAGAAGAAGACCGGGCUCGUCGCCACGUUUUACAGAGACGUGUCCCUAUCCAGACAAUAAAAAUUGUGAUUUAUUUUCCACUGCGUAUCUA